CUGGUGCUGCCUUCUUCACACACGGUGUCCCUGACAAUGGAGACAGCCAACAGUAAUGAGAUGGCCCUGGAGGCCCCACAACCCACCCACGUCGAUGUGCACAUCCACCAGGAGUCUGCCCUGGCCAAGCUCCUGCUGACCUGCUGCUCUGCACUGCAGCCCCGGGCCACCCAGGCCACGGGCAGCAGCCGGCUGCUGGUGGCCUCGUGGGUGAUGCAGAUUGUGCUGGGGAUCUUGAGUGCAGUCCUCGGAGGAUUUUUCUACAUCCGCGACUACACCCUCCUGGUCACCUCGGGAGCUGCCAUCUGGACAGGGGCUGUGGCUGUGCUAGCUGGAGCUACUGCCUUCAUUUACGAGAAACGAGGUGGUACCUACUGGGCCCUGCUGAGGACUCUGCUAGCGCUAGCAGCUUUCUCCACAGCCAUCGCUGCCCUCAAACUUUGGAAUGAAGAUUUCCGAUAUGGCUAUUAUUACGACAGUGUCUGCCACAUCUCCACCUCGAGUGGCUGGAUCACCCCAGCCCCCACUGACAGUCCAGAAGAAGUCAGAAGGCUACACCUGUGUACCUCCUUCCUGUACAUGCUAAAGGCCUUGACCCGUACUCUUCAGGCCAUGCUCUUGGGUGUCUGGAUUCUGCUGUUUCUGGCAUCUCUGGCCCCUCUGUGGCUGUACUGCUGGAGAAAGUUCCCAACAAAAGGGGUGAGUCCCUAAAAAAAGACACCAGAAGGAGAUGUUGGAAGUGAGCUGAAUCUAGCCAUGCCUCUCCCGAUUAUUAGCGCCUGGUGCUUCUGCACUGCGCAUCCCUGCAUCUGACUGCUGGAAGAACCAGACUGGGGAAAAGAGACUCUUCAACAUCCCCAGUUAUCCUGCAGCCAUGACCAUGGCCACAACCCUGCUCCAGCAGCACUUGCCCAUUCCUUACGUCCCUUCCCCAUCCUGCUCCGCUUCAUGUCCCCUCCUGAGCAGUCAUGUGAUAAUAAACUCUCAUAUUAUUGUUCCCA